UAAACAUAGCGACUCACACUGUUAAGCAUACAUGACCGAUAUUGAUUCAAACUUCCAGUAUGAUCAAUUCAGAACAUUUCAGUUCUUAACUGACAGAUAAUUUGCUUUAAACUCUCGACAAAUUGAGGAUUUAACUAAAAAACUAAACUCAAAAUGCUUUUGUUUCAGAAAUAUUAAAUAUAUGAGGACUAAAUUAGUAAUAUCUGUGUGUUCAAUUAAUGAUGUUUAACCUCAAUGCUUGAGUUGUAUCUGAGUGACUGUUUCAAAAGUGAAAAAUGAAUGGACUCCAUAUAUCCACUCCAAAUGACGUGCUUAUUGUUGGAUACCAGUUCUCAGGCUGUGAGCAGGUGCAAGAAAUCUGUGAGAAACUGAUAAGCACAGCCAACCAGUCAAUGCCACCCCACAUGCAGUCAACUGUACCUCAGGCGCACCUUGUCAUCAACCGUCUCCCCGACCAAUGUCUCACUCAAACCAUAAAGAACAACGCCCUGAAGGUCAUCUACGUCGUCCGCAACUCUCAAGAUGUCGCUGUGGCCAAAUAUCUUAAAGCAGGGUUUGAAAGAACCGUUCCAUUCAGCACGUUUCUUCAGGGAUUUGUGAAGGAUUCAUCAGGUUUCGGAGGAGAUUGGUUUAGACACACAACGCAGUGGAGUGCCGUGUUUUCCCACAUAGUGUCGGCCCAGAGACAUAUCGUGGAAUACAACUCAUUGAAACAGAACAUAGAGGAGGAGGUGUGUCGCCUGCGUGAAUUUCUGGGUCUCAAGGUCAGUCGGGACACGAUGACCAGCGUGUGUGGUCAGCUGGUGUCCGAGUCUGACCAGCCAAGUCGCAAACGACAAAAAACCACUGAUCAUGAUGGGGAUAGGGACAGUGCUGCCCAGCCAGGUAUUUGGAAGGAAUACUUUACAGUCCAACUACAAGAGGAUUUCCAUGCUCUAUUUCAUCAACUGUUGAAAGAUGUGACAGUUUUUGACCCGCGCAGGCUACUCUCAUGAUUUUUACAGUGUAAACACACUCAUCCAUUGGGCUUUGCCCACUUAUGAGUCUAAAUAGGCUCAAAUAUGCACACACCCAUGCUGUAAAUAGACAUCACUGGCCCAUGGUUUUUAAAAAGUUUACGAAUUUUAACUUUUUGAUGAUUCAAUCAUUUAGCCAUUUUUUAAGUUCUUUAACAUUAUGACACUUUUUUUAUGAUUUUAUAACAGUCAGAAAAUCAAGGUUGUAAAAUAUGUGCAGAAAAGUUGUGUUUUUUUUAAAGCAAACAGCAGACUUCCAUUUAAGUAAGUUAAAUUAAGCAGAGCUCCAAUAAAGGAUUGAUUGUGUAAAAAUACAUUAAAAAUUAUGAAAAACUCAAUGGAGUUUGAACUUUGAAAUGCAUCAAUAUAAAACAUAUCAAAACACAUUGGAUUAAGUCCAAUAUGUCCUACUUAUUGAAAACCUUAUUUGGAGCUUGGAUUCAGGCUUCUUUAAAAAAAAAAAAAAAAUUAGUUUAUUUUUUUGCUUCUUUGACUUCAUUUACUCUAGUCUUAUUUUUAAGAUGGGACUCUUUCAUUUAGUAAUCUCUUUAUAGAUCUGCUUUAGUGCUUAUUAAAUUAUGAUAAUAUAAUGCGCUUACCGGUAUUAUAUUUAUUACUGGGUAAAAACUUUUUAAAUGUUUAUUAUUGAUUUUUUAAAGAAAAAAAUCUGUUCACUUGUCAAGUGCAAUAAUUUAACAAAAUAAUUUUUUAACAUCCUUUUGCAUAAAAAAAUAUGAUUUAUUAAACCAUAAUUUCAUUUAUUUCAUAAUUGUCGAAUUAAAUUUAGCAAUGAUCUCAAAACAUAUAACAUUUGAUGUUGUAGUUAAACACGUUUUACAAAUUUUUGUAC